AUGAUUGGAUGGCUGGAUAAGGCACUCCAUCGGUAUAUGGGGGUAGACGAAGUUGACGCCGAGAACGAGAGCUACCGAAGUUGGGGCUUGAAUAGCCCUCCAGAGGAAGUCGGUCGGGGACUUUCCGAAACGCUCUCCAUUCCUUCGAACGAACUUGCCAAGACAUACAGGAACCAGGAAAAGUCUAUGUGGUGUGAUUUUUGUGAAGACGACAUUGGGAAUCUGGGCUGUACAGACGCGGAAUGCAAAGACUUUAAUGUCUGCGAGAGCUGUUAUACGCGCAGUAGAAGAGAGCUGGAGGCAAAGCAUACUUUGGAAUCUUUUCGUCUGGAUUACAUGUGUGGAAAAUGCAGCAUUCGAAUUGAAGGGAUCCGUCACCACUGCACGAAAUGCUUUGACCAUGAAAUUUGUGACCAAUGCAUGGAUAGAUAUGAAACGGAAUUCCUGGGAGGAGAUCAUGCAUUUGUCCCACUUCGGAAGGAUGGCACAGUCGAGAAAUCUGAUCACCGAUAUCUAUAUGGUUUGGGAGAUUUGUCCUUGUGACAUGCUGUAUAGCUAGCUAGUUUGCCGAUAACGGCGGGGAGUACGGUGCAAUUCAAUCGACUGAUUGAAGAAUUACUAAUAAUAGUUUUCAAUCCAUCAAUUCCAUCAUCCAAAAGAUCUUCCUUUAAGCUUGCACCGCUGCUAAAUAAAAUGUGC